GCGGCGGGCCAAUAGGCCGAGGAGGAAGGCGGUUCCCCGCCGCUCGCCGGCCAAUGAGCGCCGGGGGCGGGGCGAAGCGGGGCACCGUUCGAGGCCUGGCACGGACGGCGGAGCGCGGCGCAGCUUGCACCUCUGCGAAGCGGCCGGCGGGCCCACUCCCAACCGGGGCACCAUGAACGUCUUCGACCGAAACAUCAACUUUGACGCCCUCUUCAAGUUCUCCCACAUCUCGGCCUCCACCCAGGAGCACCUGAAGAGGGUCUAUGCCAGCUUUGCUCUCUGCAUGUUCGUGGCGGCCGCGGGGGCCUAUAUCAACGUGGUGACCCACCUUUUCCAGUUCAGCCUCCUGACCGGCCUGGGCGCCCUGGGGCUGAUGAUCUGGCUGACAGCCACCCCGCACAGCCGGGAGACAGAGCAGAAGAGGCUGGGGAUGCUGGUGGGCUUCGCCUUCCUGACGGGCAUCAAUCUGGGGCCUCUCCUGGAAAUGUGCAUCUCCAUCAACCCCAGCAUCAUCCCCACUGCCCUCCUGGGCACCGCCACCAUCUUCGCCUGCUUCUCGCUGAGCGCCCUGUACGCCCGGCGCCGCAGCUUCCUCUACCUGGGAGGUUUCCUGCUCUCCGGCCUCACCCUGAUGCUUCUCUCCUCCGUGGUUAACGCCUUCGUGGGAUCCGCUUGGCUCUUCACGGCCAACCUCUACCUGGGGCUGAUGAUCAUGUGCGGCUUCGUGCUCUUCGACACGCAGCUCAUCAUCGAGAAGGCGGAGAGCGGGGACAAGGAUUACAUCUGGCACUGCGUCGAUCUCUUCCUCGACUUUGUUGACAUUUUCCGGGAGCUCCUCAUGAUCCUGGGCAUGACCGAGAAGAAGAAGAAGGAGAAGAAAUGAAGCGGCUCCAGGCCCAGGUGGAGCUGUCCCCAUCCAGUCCCUGUCCCCCCCGCCCCCCCUUCCCCGUCCCUUCUCAGAUUCAUUAAAGGGGUUGCGCUUUGCUGCCGAUGAAAAGCAGCCCGGAAGCUUUUGCACCUUGUGGGUUUUUAUCUCGUUUAGCUUUUCUUUGAUUAGAAACCAGCCAAUUUGCAGAUCCUGCUGGAAUUUGGCUCCCCUCAGCCCGGCUCCCUCCCCUCCCACCCCCCACCCCCUAGAUCCCGCGUCCCUCGGGAUUAUCACCGACACAGGAGCUUUCUCUAGAGGUUUCUCCCCGGCCCCACGGGCAACACAUCCCCUCUCCCCUCACAGCCAGGGUGUUACCCCCCCACCCAGGCAGCCAUGGGGCCCCCAGGGUGGGUGACAGGACCCCCCUGAAGCCAAACUCAGCAGAGGAGCCUCUCCUUUAGCACCAGUGCCAAGAAACUGGGGGGAAAAAAAAAAAAAAAAAAAAAAGAAACAAACAAACGGGUCCGCUGGGCAAGCUGUCCGGCGCGGCCGCAGGGACCACGUCUUUGGAUUCCGAGCUCUCCCCAUCCCGCUGUCGCUUCUCUUUGUACACCAGGACGAGUCAAUAAAACGCUCAAACUUGAA